AAGAGCAUGGCUCAAAUGUCAUGUAAGAAAUCUCAUAUCUGUCAAAUAUUUAGUUGAAACGUUUCAUGAAUAUUAGAAAAAAAAAUGUUAUAUUUACAUAAAAAUUUAUCAAUUGUUGUGAAAUAAUAAUUAAUAAAAAUAAUUUAUUUAAUCUAUUCAAUUCGAUAUGGAUUUAAAUUAUGAUAACUCGGAAUCGGAUCAAUCAACAUUCUCAAGAUUAUACGCAUACGAUACGGGAAAAAAGAGCAAUGAAAGCGAUUUAAGUGGAGAUGAAAGUGGGAAAUUAAGUAAAAAAGAUUUGUUAAUUGGAAAAAGAAAAGAUAAAGAUUCGAAAAAAGAUCGUGGAUAUGCAGCGCUUGAAGGUGAAAGUUCUCCUGAAGAAACCGAAUCAAAAAGUCCAUUAAAAUCGAAAAAAACUAAAUCAUUUAAAUUUGCAUCUAAAAAUAAGGAGAAACGUGAAAAAUCAAGGGAAAAAGACAAUAAAGAUAAGGAUAAAGAUUCAAUUGAUAAGAAAAAGGAGAAAGAUAAGGAGAAAAAGAAUGAAAAGAAUAAAGAAAAACCAAAAUCUGAUAAAAAAGAGAAACGUAAAAAUGAGGGUUUAGAUAUUGAAGAAGAACAACCAAUAUUCGGUGUAAGUUUAGAUUUAGCUGUGGAACGUAGCCGUUGUCAUGAUGGCGUUCAAUUACCGUUACCAAUACGUGAAAGUAUCGAUUACCUCGAAGAAUAUGGUAUGGUAUUCGAGAAUCUAUACAAAAUCAGUUCGGUUAAAUCAAAAGUACAACAAGUUAGACAAUUAUAUAAUACACGGCAUAAAGUGAAUUGGUUAGAUUUUGAUGUAACAACCGCCACUGGUUUAAUAAAAUCAUUUAUACGUGAUCUACCGUCACCGAUUUUAACAAAUGAAUUAUUACCAAAAUUUGAGGAAGCUAGUGCCAAUAGUAGUGAAAUUGAAAUGCAAAAUUUAAUUUCACAAUUACCAUUAUGUAAUCAAACAUUACUAUCAUGGUUAAUGGUUCACUUACAUAAUGUUAUUAGUCAUGAAAAACAUACAAAAAUGAAUUUUCAAUGUAUGGCUGUUACUUUAAGUCCCGUACUAUUAAUGAGUCAGAGAUUAAUAACGAUGUUAUUGGUCCAUUCGAAAUUAAUAUUCACAGAAACGGUUAUAACUAAGUACAAACCUCCAUUAAAUUCAACGGCCGUAAACUUAUUAAACGAUGCGAACGACAUAGCACUUGAACUUAAAAAACAAGAAUCACUUUUAUCGCAAAUACAUCACGACAUGCAUGCGGGAUUUGUAACGAAAGAUCGGGAGGAACAAUUAUGGGAUGUACAACGUAUAAUUACACAAUUAAAACGUAAAUUACGUUCUGUACAAAAGUGCCAAGAUACUUCACAUAAUCAUGAGAAUAACGUGGACGAUACGAACAGUAUCGAUGUGAAAAUUGAAACAAUUGAAGCCACUGUGGAAAUAAAUAAUGUACCUCAACAGGAACCCAGUGUUGAUAAUGUCGAUUCAACUGUCGUGGAAGCCGAACCAAAACCCGUUGAAGAAUCUGCCGUACAAACUGUCCCACAACCAAUUGUUGAAUCACAAAUAAUACGACCAACAAUGUCGGACGACGAUAAAAAUAUUCUAUUAUUACAAUUCCAAAAUUCCGAAUUAAUCGAAUUACAAACGUACUUAUUAACUCAAAUACAAAUCGAGAAAAAUGAGAUAGGUCAAUUGAAAAAACAAUUAAUUGUUGAUGAUCAUCCAGAUACAACCGCUCAAAAUACAACCCAAAUUAUUGACAAUGAUCAUUUAGAUUGGGAUCAAGUGAUCGAUUUAUUAAUGAAGGAAAAUCAAAUAUUGAAUAUUAAAAAGAACACACUGAUUCGGGAAUUAAUGGAACAACGUGAGGAAUGUGUUAAUCUACAAUCUCAAUUAUUAUUUAUUGCCUUAAGUCAAGGUUAAACAAAUUCUCGAAUUUUCUAUAACGAUUAUCGAAUUCCAAUUGCAUAAUUUUUGUUUUUUUUUUAAAUAUUAUUGUUUGCUUUGAAAUUAAUUAUUAUAAAAAAAUAAAAAUAAAAAAUAUUUACAUUUAUAAAAUAUACAAAGUUUGUUCCACUUGGUAUUUCUGCGCAUGUUCAUAAAGACAGUUUAUCCUUCUUACUUUAAAAUAUACUCCGAAAUUUACACUUAAAACAAUUGAAAACUGUGCAUAUGUUUAAGCUGUGUAAAACAAUCCCUUCGAGUGUUAUGGAAGAGGGAUAAGUGAGCUAUCAAAAGGGGUGGAGGCUACAAAGCAGUGGUUUUUACAUGUAAGCCCAGUGAAUCGGGCGGGUAUCAAGCUAGUUAUAAUAUAUUUACAUAUUUGUAAUACUUCAAUACUUUCGCUCUAUUUUGAACUUCUUCAUUGAUCAAAUAGCCUUAAGACCCCCCUCUACACCAGAAAAUCUACAUCAGAACGGAAGUUUAUCACUCUGAAGACCCCCGCCUCGAAUAAAAGGGUGCUUACUUCUUCACGAUUUCGACUAAUUGGCUUAUUUGAAAGAAAGAAAAACGGCAUGCUAAAGUCAAAAUGCAUGGAAUGGCCUAGAAUCAGUUGGAAAUAUUGAAAAUUGGAUUUUUGGUAAGUUAGAGUCAUCUUCAAGUUUAUAUCUAUACCCUUCAAAUGAGCUGUGAUACAAACCCAAAAGGGCCAGGGAAAAUAAGGUUACAUGCCCGUAAACAUUGGGUAUUUUUAACGAAACAAAAAGUGUCACGCUUUUAUUUUUGCGAAGGUUAAAAUUAUUUUAAAAGCUAAAAAUAACUCGAAUUGAGAAAUUUGGAUCUGUCAGGGAAUUCUGAAAUAGUCUCUUUUUUGUCCACCCUGAAGAACGAAUAUAUAGAAAUUCGAAUAUAAAAGUCGUACGAAUGUAAAAGUUGGUAAUCCGAUCAUAGAUGUCCGUAAAAGCAAUUUUGUUCUUCGAAAAAGUGACAUUAACUGGCUAGAAUGAUUUUCGUUUGUGCUUUGACGCAUAGAGGUCACUAGCACGCAUUUAUUAUUGUUAUCGACUUUACGUUGAUCGAAUUCAUUCGCUUACUUUGCAAUUCGUAGUAAUUUAAAAUGUAUAUAAUAGCCGCAUUUGAGGUCCUGGCUUGGAAGUAAAAAUUUUCUCAAAACGCGAAUAAACGAUCUUUGUGAGCUUCUAAGCAAAAGUUACAUAUUUUUUUUGAAUCAGAAAAAGUAACCUUGACUUUAUGACGCAUGUGCAGGCCUUUGGAACAAACAUGAUAAUGUUAUUUUUGUGA